GCCUGAGCGGUUUUGAAGAAUGCCUUUCCAUUUCUGCCCCCAGUGUGGGAAAAAGUUGCAGCCUGAUUUCAAAUUCUGUCCAUGCUGUGGGGAGAAGCUUCCCUCUCCUGUUGAUGAAUCUGAUCUUGUGAACUUGACGCCGUCUUUAAGUCUCUCUCCACCCAAAAGAGAUGAAGCAGUAGCUAAAUCAAGCCUGGCUUCAUGCUUAAUAUGGGAGCCGACAGAAGUUACACCGCGUCCUGCACUGCAAAAGACCCGCAUCUCCCUUCGUCUAGACAAAGAAGUUAAACUCAACAUUAAAGAUGCAACUCCACCUGUGGUGCCCUCCACUAGACCUGUUGGAGAUGGGAGGAUCAAAGAUAUCGGUGUUGGAUUGGUUGGAACUCCACCAAAACCUCCCCCAGGCCCUUCUAAACUGGUCACAUGCACAGAGACCGCUUCAGAGUCUCCUGUCCUGAAAUCCCCUCGACCAGUGAGGGGAAUGGCCAAACUCUGCAGCCCCGUUAAGCAAGUAGAAGAGAGAACGAGUCCGAUGGAUAAAACAAGGAGGAAAGCGGAGGAAUCCACGGUAGACGUCUCUCCUGUGGCUGUCUCUUCCCCUGUUCUUCCUCCAAUCUCCAGGUCCCCGUUGAAUGCGACGGCAAAAAACAAAGCCAAGAAGGCAAAGCAUGCGUCGGCUGUGGAGCCGCUACAGGAAGGUGAAAAAGUGACGGACACGACGGGAAAGACGUGGAGGCUGGUGAAACUGCUCAGUCAGAGCACGACAGAGCUCAUCUACGAAGUUUUGCAAACAGAUUCGAGAUCCAAUUCCAAGGAAUCAAAUAACAUCCUCAAACUGGGAGCUAAAGUUGGAAGAAUCUUCAAUGAGCAGAACUUUCUGCAGAGAGCUGCUAAACCUGCGUCAGUGGACAAGUGGAUCAAACAGAACAAGAUGGACUUGCUGGGGAUUCCUUCCUGUGUUGGCUUUGGUCUUCAUUUAGAGUCCUACAGGUUUCUGAUUCUCCCCAACAUGGGCGCAUCUCUCCAGUCUGUCAUGGAGAACGAAGCAGAGCUUCCUUCUGAGAAAACCGUCCUUCAGCUCGCCUGCAGAAUAGUAGAUGUGCUGCAUUACAUCCAUUCAAACGAGUAUGUUCACGCUGAUAUCAAUGCCGAAAACAUUUACAUCAAAACAGGACAGAAGUCACAGGUAUACCUCGGAGGAUACUGCCAUGCCUUCAGGUACUGUCCUAGUGGACAACAUGUAGAGUACCGUGAAGCCAGCAGGACACCACACGAGGGCGCCAUGGAGUUCAUCAGCCUGGACGCACAUAAGGGAGCAGCUCCGUCUCGACGCAGUGACCUGCAGUCUCUGGGCUACUGCAUGCUGCACUGGCACACAGGGGCGCUGCCCUGGACCCUCCUCACCGACCCGGACCAGGUAGCCAAUCAGAAACAGAGGUACAAUGAGGAUGUUCCUGCGUUGUUGAGUGACUGCUUUAAGAAGAAGGGAGUUUCCAGUGCAUUUCAACCGUACCUGACUGAAGUGAUGGCUCUGCAGUACUCCGAGCAGCCGGACUACGCUGCGCUGAAGGCGGGACUCGUUGCCGCUUUGCUGCAGCUUGGGGGCGCACCGGAGCUGCCGCUCAGUCUUUAGGUGAUGACUCCUCACACGGCACGUAGCGUCACGGUUCACAUCACGGGGUCCAGACACUUCACAACCAGAAAACGUGCUCUGCAGAACAUUUAAUAUUUUUAAGAAUAAGAGGUUCAGCUCCACCGAGUUGGCACCUUGGGUUUUUGGGCAGUGACACAUUGUGUUCUGCCUUUUAUAUUUCUUCAUAUUUUUUGUGAAAAGAUUAUAUGAAGAGAUAUUGUUACCUUCCAUUUCCAAUUUACAGCUGCAGUUCCACUCUUACAUUACAUAGAGAUCUUAAGGUGAUAAACUAUUUUAAUUCAGGACACAAAUAAUUCAUGUGAAAUUGAGAAGGAGACGUUCCUCUCAUCCUCAGCAAAUAUCAAACCUCAAAUCUGUGUUGAAAGUUAAGAACCAUUCUGUGUGAUAAUUGUAUUUUUUAACUAUCUGUUUUACUUUCAGAGGAAUGGAACAAAAAGAAGAUUUUUUAUUUAGAUGUUUAACUUGUUUUUAUCAUGCCGUGUUUUAUCCUUGAUGUUUUAUGCACUGAAUGAAGUGUUGUAGAGUUCAAUAUGCAAAUUACACAUGUUCUGUGCUCAUUUUAAGCAUUUCUGGUAUUGUGGGUUCUUAUGUAUUAGUGUAUUAAACAUUACAAGGGCAA